AUUUCAUGCAAAACAAUUUGGUCACACAUUGCCGCUAGUUGUUGGCAGCAGCAUCCAGCACUAUCGGAUUGACCAUAUAUUGUUUUUCUACUGGAUGCAAUCCCUAUAUACCGGAAAACUUUAUACCGGAAAAUUUUGAAGAUGACAGGAAACAUAUUCCUCAUACUCGGUAUUUUCUUGACGUUUGAUAAAUGGUUCUUUGUUUCUGGAGUUUAUAUAAGGAAUCCCCACUGGAUUCGAGCUAGGCCGCUAAAACCUCUAACUAAACCGCAACCGAAUGUUAACCAAAUUCCUCUCUUACAUCCGGUGUUGACGAGUGAAAACAGUGGGAAGGUCGACAAGGCCACGCCCUCAGGGGGCGUUCGUUGUGGAACUCCGUUGGCCGGAAGUGAUGAUCCCUUUGGAUUGGUGGAAACCAAUAUACAGCGGCUGAAUCGGGCGAAUGACGGGACCGAUCGGGUUUUAAUUAACGGGAAAAACGCUGAUAAGAUUCUCGGAGGAACGGUCGCGCCACCGUCAACAAUAUGUUGGCAGGCUAAACUAUCAAGAGAUGGAUCUUUUAUCUGCGGCGGAUCGGUGAUUGGAAAGCGGUCGAUUCUGACCGCCAGCCAUUGUGUUGUGCGAUAUUACGAUGUUAUUCCCCGUGAUGCAAAUCGCUUCCGUGUGACGGUGGGCGCGGCACUAAGCCACACGGACACGGUGAACAAAGUGACCGAUAACAGUCGCUGCGCGCAGACCAUCCAAGUAGCCAGCAUCCAGACCAACUUGAACUACAGUCCCACCACACAGCAGAACGAUAUCGCCAUUCUGACGCUCGAGGAAGAUAUCGACUUCACUUCCGGUUGCGUAUGCCCCAUUUGUCUUGAGUACCAUGACCCGGAAGUGGGCGAAAUCUGCUCCGUUAGUGGAUACGGUCUGGAGAAAGAAGGCCAAAAAGGUGGACCACCUCGUACUCUGAAGUAUGUCCAACUCAACGUCAUGGACCCUAACGCCACUACGAACUGCUACAUCGACAACGAGCGGAACCUUCCGUAUGAUUUUCAGCGAAUAAUCUGUGCUGGAGACACUGUGGGGAAAGACACUUGCCAAGGAGACAGUGGAGGACCCUUUGUUUGCUUUGACCCGGAAAAGCGCGUACAUUACCAAGCCGGAAUAGUGUCGUAUGGACUGGGAUGUGGCAGAGGAGUCGGUGGAAUAUACACAAGAGUAUCGGAGCAAUUGGAUUGGAUCAAUUCUAAUACCGGCAGCGAUGUUUUGCUGACAUCGCCUUAGCGGGUGUGCAUAAAAUUUUAUUCACUGCAUUAUCACGUAUGUGGCGAUCUCUGAGAUUUAUUUUAAAGAGAAAAGCUGUUUGUAAGGCAAAAGCGCUUUGCUUGUGUAAAAAAACUGUUUGCACCGAAAAAAAAUUGUGCCUAAAUUACGCUUACCGUAAAUUGCAUGUUUGCUUAGCAGGAUGAUGUACGGUAUUUGUGUGACAUCUGGUUUUGUGGCUGACUCAAGAAAUAAACA